AUCCCGACCUUAGAAAAUAUUGAUCAAAAAUUAUCCAGAAUUGAAAAAAAUCAAGAAAUCAGACUGUCAACACUUGAGCAAAAAGUAUCCAGGCUUGAAUUAGGAUCAAAAGAUGUAAUCCGUGAACAAAUGAAGGGUGUUAAAGAAGAUAUUAUGAAAGACUUUGAGGGCAAGAUUAAUGACAUUGUAGAUAAAAGAACUAAAGAGCUUGAGGACAGAAGGAGGAGAGAGCUGAAUCUGGUAGUUUUCAAAUCAGAAGAAGGAACCAGCCAAAAUGGUCUUGAUAACAAAAAAUUUGAUGAAGACCAGUUGAGAAAAAUAGCAACAUCUCUCGGGGUACCAAACUUGGAAAUAGUUACAUCAUACAGACUGGGAAAAAAGGUUAUCAAUAAAAAGUCCAUGAGAGUUCUUAAGGUCAUACUCGAAGACAGAAAACAAAGAAAAAGUCUCCUAGAAAACUCCAAAAACAUAUCUGAAAAGGUGGAACCCAAAUUUAAAGAUGUAGUUAUAUUUAAAGAUCUUACACCAGAGCAAAGAAUAAAGAAGAGCAAAAAGAAAAGCUACGGAAGAGAUAAAUGACAAAAAAGAAACUAAUGUAUUACUAGCACCUCCAUUACAGUCUAUAGGUAACAGCCCAAUGGGAAGUGCACGUUAUGUCCUAAGCCAGGAAGCAAAAGACCCCUUCAGUCAGGAUACCUUUGUCAGUACAGCCUAUGAAAACACUAUCCUGGAUUUGGAAAUUGAUAGAAAUGAAGAAACUAUGGUGGGUGGUAUAGAUGUAGGUCAAUGUAAGGGAACAUCAAGG